AUGGGCGCCAAGCGCAAGGAGCAGCCUGAAGCUGCAGAGGCGGCCCCGAAAAAGGCUCCGAAAGCAAAGGCGGCCAAAGCGAAAGCCAAGCCUAUCACUGUGGCUCCGGCAGCGAGCAGUCCCAGUGCCAUCAACGCCAACAUCCAAUCACACUUGAGCCAGUGCGACGCUCAAAUAUUGGCCCACCCGGUGUUCCACUCCAUCAUGGAGGAGCUCCCGUCCUCCGGCUCUGGCGUGCUGAAGUACGACCCAAAGGUCGCACAGGAGCGUCUGUCAUCCUCCCAAGACUAUGUCGCAUCGGCUCCGUUAUUUUGGCUAAACGUGGGUUGGGAAGUGCAGCCCAAUUUGCCGAAAUAUAAAAGCCGCAUCAACGACCUUCAAGCUCAUUUCUUCGCGAAGCCCGCUUACCUGAAAACCGAAGUUCGCGUCGUGCUUCCAAGCAGCAGCUGCAGGCCUCACGAGAUGAAGGGCAACCUCCUUGCGUACGAUCCGCCGGAGAUGAGAGACAGCCUGAGGCAGGCUAUCGCUGAAGCAAUCGAGUCCGGCGCCGACGACUCCACGCUGGAACGAUGGCGGGACGUUCUUUUGUCGGUGCCAAUGCGGUUCACGGUCGUGGACUCCGACCAGGAGCACAAGAUCGACCUGAUGAUGAAGACCCUGGUGCAGGAAAGGGAGGACAUCGGCGUCUUGUUCGACAAUCUUCGCGUGAGUGCUUUGAUGCGAACCUUCGAAGUCAUUGACAUGAAGGCCCAGCUGGAGAAGGAUGGGGGAGAGCGCCAAACGACCAAAUCGCUGGCAGCCUACUACAAGACGCUUCGAUACUGCAAGAGGAGUGAGCGGGUGAGCCCGACUUUUGUCGAGGUGAGCCUCAGCUUGCACAAAAACGCCCUCUGCUACGAGAAGGUUCGGAACGUCUGCCUCAGGUUCGACGAGAUGGGCCUCGACAACCCCGUCGACUCCGUCUACAAGCUCAGGGAGAUCAUGACCAAGUCUGAGAAGUCUCGGAACAACAUGGAGUGGGCAUUCUCCAUGACAUGGGACUGGUUCCACGUCGCAGGCAAGAAUAAGNNCCCGCUGAGCAUCCUGGAAGGAACCACGGCCAACUGGGGCGGGAAGUCGCUGGUGCAUUUGUUUCUGUUCAAGAGACAGAUCCGAGAUGCGCUUUGGAAGAAGUUGGAGGGCUACUCGUGGGCAACAGCUGUCAAAGAGCGCAUCAAGCAGCUGACAAUCGAUGUGGAGACUUGCCGAGAGCAUCUCGGUGCGAUCGAUGUGGAGGUGAUUGGCUUUCAGGAGCGGGGCAGCUGGCCGGAGUCAGCUGAUGCCUUGCUCUUGGCGAUUGAGUCGGUGGUGUAUGGUUACAAAAAGGAUGAUGCCCUUGUUUCCUGCCUGAAGAACCGCAAGGGCAUCGAGGACACGCUUGCCCAUGCGGACAUCAAGCCCCUCGUGACUUCCAUCGACACGAAGUACGCGAAAGAGCAGGGUGUGCAGGAGGAGUCCGCGGAUGAGGGCGAGGACGAUGCUGCGGCAAAGGAUGGCGACGGUGCGGAGGCACCGCCGCUUCUGGAUUGCAACCGCAGUGCCGCGGAGAUGUUCCUGCAGAACACGGCCAGCGCAACCGAGUCAUCGAUGUUGGAGGUUCGCGGCAAGGUCGAGGCGGGCAUGAGACAGGCCGAACGCCGUGUGAAGGGCCUUUGCAGGCUUAUCCACGAGAAGGAGAACAGCGGAGACAUGGAGGCUGACAUGAAGGAUGCGGCAGCUCUGUUGACUGCAGGAGCCCCCAAGAAGUAUGCGGUGAUAACUGUGGACGCAAAGUUGCUUUGCGAGAAUGGCAGAUAUCGGUUACCACCCACACGACAGUUCCAGUUGACGAGACUUCUCGAAGCCGUCUACGGUGCGAAGGGCUCUGUGUGGGCUGAGGGAGAUUGCAUCCUGGGGCUCGAUGGAGGAAAAUCCGACUUUGAAGAAAAGUUCCUCAAAGCCAUUCCGGACUCCAAGUCCAUGCACAUCACCAAGCAGUACAUCACGUACACGUCAGAGUCCCUGGAGGAGCGGAUGCUGCGCAACAGCAACGGACAGCUGUCUCAGAUCGAGACGGUGUACAUGGUUACGACCUCGCCGCUGAGCCUGCAGAACCGCGCGCGCAUCUCGUUGGCGGGCCAGAAGGUUCGGGGCAACGUGAUCGGCCCACUCAGUGCAGCCUCGUGGACUGACGCCAAGCAAACCUGGCAACUAAAGACUUGCGACAAGAAGAAAGUGCUGGGCACCCAGAACUUAGUGGCCGCCGAUGCAGACAAGGAUGGGCAGCAGCUGAAGCCCAGUGAUCUCCAGCCAGCCUUUUUUUUCGAGUGCCCAGAAGCGGCGGCUAUGGAGCUCUUGCACACCCUAGGUGCCAGCAGCGUGGUGGACUUGUCUUGUGGAUCCGGCCAUUUUGCGAUGACUGCGAUUCGCAACCGCAUCCCCUUCCUCGGGGUUUGCCUUACCAGUGCCCACAUGCAGGCGCUGAGCCAGAGGCUGACUUCGCGAGUGCUGACCCUCAUGACGGAUGCCAAUGAGAAGACUCUGUAUGAUGCGGGUCUAUCGGCAACGAUGCAGCAGGCAGCGAAGGAGCAGGGUGACGGUGAUGAUCAGUCGUUGCCGAAGAACCAGAAGGGCAAGGCAAAAGCCAAAGCAGCGGCAGAUGCGGUCGUCAAGGGUGGUGAUGAUGGGGCCGAGCAGGGUGAGCAGUCCAGCUCAUCACGAGCGGAUCUUCUGAAAAAGAUCGGCUUGCUUACGGGCUGA